UACAAUGCUGUGUCAAUAUCUUAUAAAUUCCAAUGCCAUGUUGGAAUUUUUGGUUAAGCCAUUGGUCUACUAAACCGUCUGCGUUAAUUGUUCUCUAGACAUUAUGACAAAUUACGACCAAAAGUCGAGAAACUUUGACAGUGUAUAGUCACCUUUUGCAGGUAUUUAAGCUCUCUUCUUGCCACUUUUCUGCAUAUUUACUCAGAACUAUGGCAGAAAAUAAUGUUUUCUCAUGUUUCUUUUUUCAGAUAUGUUCCGUACUGAAGAUAGCAUCACUCUCAGGGACCCGACUCAUUAAAGAUUACCAAGUUGUCUUUCCUGUUGUUGUUGACAAUAAUGGCAGCUUCCUUUCUCACUGGAACACCACUCACAGUUCUCAAAAUCAUAGAUUUACCAAAGAUCUUCACCUCAAUAUCACAGGAUUCAAUCAAACAUUCCACCUCCAUCUCCAUACCUCAGCCAAUCUACUGGCCCCAGGCUUCAGGGUCUACUAUCACCAUGGUAACAGCACCCAUAGUAACAGUUCAGAAGAACACACUGGUGGCUGUGAAUUCAGGGGAACUCUUCUUUCUCACUCCACAGAGGCAGCAGUAUCCUUGUGUGGGGGAGUGACCGGGAUUUUAAAGACAGCAGAUGAUGAUUAUGUUAUUGAGCCAAAUGCAGAGAUGAUGACAUCAGAGACAACAGAAUCCCAGCAACCUCACAUCAUGUACAAAAGAUCUACCAUAGCACAAAAUACUCCUCAUUUCUAUGACGCUCAAACAUAUAAUCCAUAUCAUGAAAAUACUGACAGAUAUUAUAACCCAACGAGAAGGAAACGUCACUCAGCCAAGCGAAUGUCCCACCGAGUGCAAGAAAAGUCUGUGGAGAUAUUAGUCGUUGUAGAUAAAUAUGUAUACUGGAAACAUGGAAGACAAAAUGUUACACCCUAUGUACUUAGCAUUUUCAAUAUAGUCUCACAGUUGUUUCAGGAUAGUUCCCUUGGUUACAAAGUCAACAUUAUUCUUGUGGGUCUUAUUAUUCUGGAUAAUGAAGAGCCAGGGUUACUCAUUACUCAUCAUGCAGAUAAGACACUCAAUAGUUUCUGUCAGUGGCAGGCUGUGAUUGGAGGUCGUCGUCAUCGGCAACAUGACCAUGCUAUUUUACUGACUGGCCUUGACAUUUGUGCUCACAAGGACUCCCCCUGUGAUACUCUGGGUUUUGCUCCAAUCCAAGGAAUGUGUAACAGACUGAGGAGUUGUAUAAUCACUGAGGAUACAGGGCUGUCUACAGCUUUCACCAUUGCUCACGAGAUUGGUCACAACUUUGGAAUGUUUCAUGAUGGAACAGACAACAAUUGUUACCAGAACACAGGGACCAUCAUGUCCCCCACACUCAGCUCCAAGACAGGAACCUUUACCUGGUCCAGGUGUAGCAGAGAGUACCUGGCCAGAUUCUUCAAUACUUUACAAUCAGAUUGUCUGGGUGAUGAUCCAGUGAGAGUUUCCUCUCUUAGAUUUCCCGAUAAACUCCCCGGCCAGAUGUUUAAUGCCGAUACCCAGUGUAAAUGGCAGUUUGGAAAACAUGCUAGACUCUGCAUGUUUGACUUUGGAAAGAACGAGGUUUGUCAGAAGUUGUGGUGCUAUAAAGGAGGUCAGAUGUGCGAGACUAAAUUUUUACCAGCAGCAGACGGCACUUCCUGUGGUCAUGGUAUGUGGUGUAAACAGGGUAAAUGUGAGUCGUUUGGUCGACAGGGACCGGUUCCUGUAAAUGGAGGUUGGUCUGAGUGGACACAAUGGUCAGCUUGUUCCCAGAGCUGUGGGGGAGGGGUCAAGCACAGAUCAAGGCAAUGUGAUCACCCAAGGCCACAGUAUGGUGGUAAGGCAUGUCCUGAUGACAAGGAAACACACAAGAUGUGCAACUUGCAGGCAUGCCACAGCAGAAAGCAGGAUACCAGAGAGGAACAGUGCCGUGCUCACAAUAGGGUACCAUUCAGGGGUAGAAUGUAUAGAUGGACAGCUUACAAACAGAUCCAUGAUGAGAAGGAGCAAUGUAAACUGUACUGCCAGGCUGAUGGCUACAACUUUUUCUAUGCUUUGUCAAAACAAGUGAAGGAUGGUACUCCAUGUAAUGACUACUCCACAGAUAUCUGCGUCCAUGGCAAGUGUAAGCAUGUGGGAUGUGACUACAUUAUUGGAUCUACUGCUUCUAAAGAUCAGUGUGGUGUCUGUAUGGGAGAUAACUCCUCCUGCAGUGUAUUUGAAGGACAUUUCAAGGCACAACCCAGGAGAAAUACCUACUUCCCAGUGGUGGUGAUUCCAGGUGGUGCCAGUGGACUUGUUUUCUCCGAGGCAGCUAUAACACCUAACUAUCUGGCUGUAAGAGAUAUAUAUGGUAAAUACUUCCUGAAUGGAAAUUGGCAGAUGAUGUCUGAGGGAGUGUACGAUAUUGCAGGAACUAAGUUUAUUUACCAGCGUAGCUACAGAGAACCAGAAAAGCUCACAGCUGAUGGUCCAACCACACAGGAUAUUGUUUUAGAGAUUCUUGUUCAAGGUGUAAAUCCAGGUGUUUCCUACAAAUAUACUCUCCCCAAAGCAUCAAGCUAUCCCAUCAUUCACAAUUACACAUGGAGUAUCAAACUCUCUGCCUGUGAUCAGCCUUGUGCAGGAGGUAAAAGAACUUCUACUGCUCAUUGUUACCGUGGCGAUGGAGGGGAAGUGUCACCUAGGUAUUGUGAUCCAAAGUCACGGCCCAAAACAGGUGUGUCUGCCUGUAACAUCCAUCACUGUGAUCCCAGAUGGUACACAGAGGCUUGGAGGAAGUGUUCUAGGCCAUGUGGAGGUGGAGUACAGAGAAGAAAGGUCUACUGUAAGCAGAAGAUUAGCCAAUCAAAUGACAGACAUGUCAGCAGACGACGAUGUGACAGACAACAGAAGCCUAAAAGGAGGAUUCCAUGUAACACUCAGGAGUGUCCACCAGCCUGGUAUGGAGGAAAGUGGUCUCAGUGUUCCAAAACUUGUGAUAAAGGAUUGAAGACACGUGAGGUAUCUUGUCGUAGUCGGACACUAAAGGGCUGGGUAGUUCUGUCCGACAGCUUCUGUCAACAUAAACCUCCCCUAGUCAAGACCCGAGGAUGCCGAGUGCGAAAAUGUCCCCCUGUUAUAGAACACCAAUGGAUUCUGUCUGCCUGGUCACAGUGUUCAGCAAGUUGUGGUUUAGGUACAAGGGAGCGUAAAUUGAAAUGUGGAGAGAGAAGGAAUGGACAGAAAUGGAAUAUGGUGAACCCUAGUCACUGUAAGUCUCUCUUCAGAUCAUCCAACACCAGAACAGAGGUCUGCAGAAUAGAGGACUGUCCUAAGGAAUCAAGCUCUUACUGGAAUGUGUCACCGUGGUCAAAAUGUUCUACAACCUGUGACCAGGGAGACCAGACAAGACUGGUUCACUGUCUGAACAAGGUCACGCAGGAGUUGUCUACCGAAUGUAACGAGACAGAGAAACCCAUCUCCACCCGACCCUGUAUAAGCCAAUCAUGUCCUAAACUAGAUCCCAACUGUAAUGAUAAGUUUAAAUGGUGCUACCUUGUUCCCAAACAUAACAUUUGCAACCAUCACUUCUACGGAAAGAAAUGUUGUAAAUCUUGUAGCAGCUUGAGAUAACAUCACUGAUUUGACUAACAGAGCGAUGGCUGUGAGAGUUAGAUUCACGGAGAAUAAGAAAUGUUGAUUGUACUGAUUUGACUAUUAGACUUGUGGCCUGUGAGAAUAGUUUUAUGGACUAUAAGAACUGUUGACUGUACUAAUUUGACUGUUAGAGCUGUGGCCUGUGAGAAUUGUUUUAUGGACUAUAAUAACUGUUGAUUGUACUGAUCUGUGAUAAACUAAUUCAAGUCCAACUCUGGACAACUGUAAGACUGUAUUUCCAAGUGCAAAACCAAAGAUAUAUAUGGAUGUAAAUUGCCAUCAUACAGAUAUUAUAAACAAUGGCCAGUAAACUUAGACCAAAGCCAACAAUAAGCUUGGGAAGCAAGGUUUUCUUUCAAAUUCAGGAAAAAUAUUUAUUGAAAAAAUGGGAUGACCGAUACAUUUUGUAAACAAGAAAUACUCACUGUAUGACAUAAAAGACUCUAAGAAGAAAUCUUAACAGUUCAGGAGCAGGUGAAAUAUCUUACCUCAAUGUGAUCAAUAUACAGAACUACUGAUAAUUAUCAAGAAACAUUCAGCCCGGGUGCCAUACUUCUAUCAAAUCAUUUUAUCAUGCCUGUCACUCCCACUGGCUGCGAGUGUCAUUACAAGAAUUCGAAAACAAAUUGUGUGCAUGUAUAUGUUGACAUGGAACAGGUUUAUAGAUAUACAUAUUUAUUUAUGAGUAUUAAAAUAUUAAUACUAGUACACGUAUUUGAAUGUAACUACAAAAUGUGCUGCACAUUAGAAAACAUGUAAAAUUCCUCUCCAAGGAUUGCUUCAUUUGUAUCCGUUAUUCAUAUCAUCCUUCCUUUUCAGUUCUUGCUUUGAUAUUACAUUUUGUUUUUUAAUAACAAAUUUUUGUAAAAUUUUGGUUUUGUAAUAAGCAGGUUCUGUAAAACUCGGUUAUAGCAAAGUCCUUGGGACACGAAAUCUGUUCGCUACAUCUGUAAAUUCAUCAUAUCAGAGUCCAUAAAUUUACUAUAUCCGUGUUCACACUAAACAAGUUUUACUGUAUAAGCUGUGUCUUCUGUAAAUGUUUUAAAUUUUUUUGUGAAUAAAGUGUAUAUGUAUUACAUAUAGUGUCUUGAAAGAGAUGUUAUAAAUCUAUUAAUAUAGUGUCUGUAACAAU